AUGGCGAAUGGUGGAGAAGAAAUGAGAUACCGAGGCGUGAGAAAGAGAAAAUGGGGAAAAUAUGUGGCUGAAAUUCGGUCCGGAAACAGAUCUCGCAUAUCGUUGGGCUCAUAUUCCAAUGCUUGCGCUGCGGCUCGAGCUUAUGACACUGCGCUCCUGUGCCUACGAGGACCCGACGCAACUUCUUUCAAUUUUGGAGACUCCAAGUUCAGCCCAAGUGUAUUGGAGGUGGCAUCUGCAGAGAGCAAUCCAUCACCGCAGGCUGUUCGAACAGCUGCCAUGGCGGUUGGCUCCACCUUCGACACAAUUCCUCCACCUCCACCUCAUCAUAAUGAGGAAGCGGGGCCUUCGAGAGGAGGGAGUACGAGUGUUGAAGAAGCAGUACCGACGGAAACCAGAGACGCACCAAAAGAUACAUCACAUCAAGUGGAGGAAGAAGAAGAAGAAGAGGAGAAUGAUACAAAAUAUCUGUUACAAUCACCAGAACAUAUACCAUUUGAGGAGAGCGUUCAGAUGGCUCCACUUCAGCCAGAUUUGCAACCCUACCACCAAUCCGAAAUUUUCCAUGAUUUAGAUAGUUGGGAGGCCGGUAUGCCAAAGCCACCUAUAUAG